CAGCUUCAUUACUAUAUAAUGGUCCUUAACUUCGCCAGCCUUAGUUCAUUACCCCUUAACUUCUUCUUUAAUUAUGUGUCUUAUUUCUCUCAUCUGAAUCCAUUAUCAGCCCCAAAUAUGGGAAUUGAAACCUUGAACGGUGCGAAUUUUUCUUCAUGGAAAGAUUCACUGAUGCUAACUCUUGGCAUGUUGGAUUUUGAUUAUGCACUGAGAGAGCCUGCCCCUCCUGCCCUCACUGAUAAAAGUACUGCUGAAGAUAAAAUAGUACAUGAGAGAUGGGAGAGGUGCAACAGAAUAGCUCUUAUGCUCAUUAAAAAUUCCAUCAGCAUAAUCAUCAGGGGAGCUAUUCCAGAUUCAUCUAAUGCUAAAACAUAUCUGGCUUCUGUAGAGGAACAAUUCAAAGCAACUUCUAAGGCACAUGCUAGUACCCUCAUUUUGAAGAUGGCGACCACAAAAUAUGACGGGAAUAGCGGAAUUCGUGAGCACAUCAUGAUGAUGAACGACAUGGCCCGUAAGCUCAAGGGAUUAGACAUGGAGAUCAGUGAAGGUUUUCUGGUGCACUUCAUAAUGACUUCUCUUCCUGCAUCUUUUGAAGCUUUCAAGGUCAACUACAACACCCAGAAGGUAGUGGUCGAUGAAUGAGUUGAUUGCUAUGUGUGUACAAGAAGAAGAGCGUCUCAAGCUGGAGAAACCGGAUGUGGCUUACCUCAUGACCGCUAACCCAAAGAAAAGGAAGGGCAAUGU